GAGAGAGAGCGAGAGAGAGAGAGAGAGAGAGAGAGAGAGAGAGCAGGUCAGAAGAUAAUGUGUACAGUAUUGCGGCUGCAAGGUUCGGAUACGCAUCUUACUGCCUCUUUCGUCGUUUCUGUUUGGUAGCACGUUUUAACUGCUUCAAAGGUUAGGUGAUUUUGGACCCGAACUGUGACCGACAGCUGAGACAGGACACGUGUGGAAAACUAUGAGCCUGGACCCCUCUUCCCUGACUGAAGGAUAGGGGUGCGGAUAAGGGUUGUUUUGGGGGGGUCGCUGUAAGCCGGAUACAAUGAGAACUUACAUACUGCUGGUGCUUUGGGCAUCCCUGUCCCAGCAUGGGGACGCCUUGACCCUUUACAAAAGGACUACAGAGGCCACGGCGCGGCGGGCUGCGGGGGCGAGACGGGACUCCGCGGUGGUGCUGAGGCGAUCCAAGCGAGGGUGGAUGUGGAACCACUUCUUUCUGCAGGAGGAGUACAGGGGAACGGACAACCAGUACGUCGGCAAGCUCCACUCCGACAUGGACAAAGGGGACGGGAGCGUCAAGUACGUCCUCACCGGAGAGGGCGCAGGGUCCCUGUUUGUGAUCGACGAAAAGUCGGGCGACCUUCACGCCACCAAGGGGCUGGACAGGGAGGAGAAGGCCAACUACACCCUCCGCGCUCAGGCGGUCAACAGGUACACGGGCCGUCCGCUGGAGCCCUGGACCGACUUCAUCAUCAAAAUCCACGACAUCAACGACAACGAGCCAAAGUUCUCCAAGGAGGUUUACACUGCCAGCGUCCCCGAAAUGUCCGAAGUUGGGAGGAGUGUCAUACAAGUCACAGCCACGGACGCUGACGACGCCUUGUACGGGAACAGCGCCAGACUGGUCUACAGCAUCUUACAGGGCGACCCGUACUUCUCAGUGGAGCCAGAAACAGGGAUCAUCAGAACGGCCCUGGGCAAGAUGAACAGGGAGACCAUCGAGCGCUACCAGGUGGUGAUCCAGGCCAAAGACAUGGCGGGCCAGAGGGGAGGCCUGUCGGGCACCACCACGGUCAACAUCACCCUGACGGACGUCAACGACUGCCCGCCUCGCUUCCCUCAGAGCACAUAUCACUUCCGAGUUCCAGAGUCCAUAGAGGUGGGGUCUCCCGUGGGCAGAAUAAAGGCUGAAGAUGAUGACAUCGGCAAGAACGCUGAGAUGCAUUACAGCAUCAUUGGUGACGAGGGCCAGGGUACCUUCAACAUUUUGACGGACAAGAGAACACAGGAAGGACUCAUUAUUGUCAAUAAGCCUCUGGACUUUGAGAGGAAGAGGAGCUACACGCUGCAGAUGCAGGCGGAGAACACCCACGUGGACCCGCGCUUCCUUUCAAUGACAUCGUUCCGGGACACCACCACGGUCCGCAUCGCCGUGGAGGACGUGGACGAGCCGCCGGUCUUCGAGAGGCCCAGCUACGUCAUGGAGGUGAAGGAGGACGCCGCGGUCAGGACGCCCGUGGGCUCAGUCAGCGCAGUGGACCCUGACAUCCAACACAGCCCCGUCAGGUACCUGAUCGACCGACGCUCGGAUCUGGACAGGAUGUUCAACGUUCACCCCGUGAAUGGGUCCAUCUUCACGCUACGGCCGCUGGACCGCGAGGGGUCCGCCUGGCACAACAUCUCUGUUAUCGCCACCCAGUUUGGCAAUCCCAAACUGAUGAGCAGUGUGCCAGUUUCCAUUAGGGUACUAGACAUCAAUGACAACGCGCCCACGUUUGCCACUUUCUAUGAGACGUUCGUGUGCGAGAAUGCCAAGCCAGCACAGAGGAUACAAACGGUGAGUGCUGUGGAUGCAGACAACCCCGCCGGAGGGCACAGGUUCUUCUUCAGCUUAGCUCCCGAAAGCUCAGCCAAGGCCAAUUUCACUGUCCGAGAUAACAGAGAUAACACAGCCGCGAUUCUGACACGCCGUGGGGGGUUCAGUCGCCUACAGCAGAGCAUCUAUCUGGUUCCCGUGGUGAUCUUGGACGGGGACUACCCCAUGCAGAGCAGCACGAACACGCUGACGGUGCGCGUGUGUGCCUGCGACAGGGAAGGCAACGUGGAGUUGUGCAGCGCUGAGGCCGUGGCCCUCACAGCCGGACUGAGCACCGCCGCCCUGGUGGCCAUCCUCAUGUGCAUCAUUAUCCUCCUCUUGAUUGUUGUUCUCUUCGCUGCCCUGCGGAGACAGAAGAAGAAGGAGCCUCUAAUCAUCUCCAAGGAGGACGUGAGAGACAACGUGGUGAGCUACAACGACGAAGGGGGCGGGGAGGAGGACACGCAGGCCUUCGACAUCGGCACACUGCGCAACCCCGAGGUGAUGGACGUCAACAAGCAGCGGCGCGACAUCGUGCCCGACUCGCUCUGCCACCCGCCAGCCCGCCGGCCGCCCGCCCCGGCCCGCGACAACGCCGACGUCCGGGACUUCAUCAACCAAAGGGUGCAGGAGAACGACGCCAACCCCACGGCGCCCCCUUACGACUCGCUGGCUACCUACGCCUACGAGGGAAACGGCUCGGUCGCCGAGUCCCUGAGCUCGCUGGGGUCCGCCACCAGCGAGGGGGACCAGGACUACAAUUACCUCAGUGAGUGGGGGCCCCGCUUUAAGAAGCUGUCCGACCUGUACGGAGGGGCAGACAGUGACAGGGACUUGUAACAAGGCCCCCCCCAGCCUCCUCACGAGCGGGGGAGAGCGACCAGGUUUCGCGCAUGGCGGCUGCAGAAAAACAGAGACUUAAAGAACUCUGCCACCAUUUUACAAAGUGUCCUUUUACUCUUUAGCUACCAACACUUUACCUUGUCAGUGAUCAGGAAGUAACUUAGCACGUCCUGUGUCUGUGUUGUUCCGUACCUGCGAGGUGGAGACAGUUGACAUCUCUUCAAAAGACACGGUUCCCAAACCAGAAAAAUCUGUGUAUACCGUAUCAAGAAAUCUCAAAAUACUGUCGUUUUUUUUUAGUUUUUUUUUUAUACUGCUGCCUGUUUUUACAUAGGAAAUAUUUCAUUCACACACACACAAACACUCACUCUCACACACACACACACACACACACAUGGUUUUGUGGGAAAUGUCUGAAUAUUGUGACUUUUGCCUCAGCAUUUGUUUUGCUUGAACCUAUCGGUCAAUUUGCUGUUGUUGUAAUAGAAGUGUAUGUCAUCAUUUUUCAAGGACUCCAUUUCACCUCAAACUCAAUCUUCUGCCCAGCCUUGCACAUAUGAGGAUGUGUGGAUAUUAACUAUUUCUAAAUACCUUUUUACCUGCUUUAGUUUAUCAGGCCAAAUUCCUGAAUCAAAGGUGAAGGUUGCUGAAAUUGUUGUGUAAGAAUAAAAAAAAAGAUCAAAGGGUAAGUUGGUUGCAGAGAAAAUUCACACCCUGUGCAGACGUUCUGUUGAUAAAAUGCCGCUUUUCGCUUUGCUUUACACCAGCCUGUCUGGCAUCAUUUGGCACUUUUUUCUCUUUGCAAACUGUGAUGGCGAUAUGGAGUUUUACACACCUGUUUCUCCAGGUAUACACAAGGCCCCUAGGACUGAGGAAGAUUGACAUUUCAGAACCUUUUAUUAGUGAUUUGGACAAUACCCUGAAAUUGAUGUGUAUGUAUGUGAGUAUGUGUCUGUGUGUGUGUUGAGCUAUAUAUAUUUUUUUUUACAUAUUGGAGAUUGUUAAGUCAUUUGAAGUUAAGACUGGAUAUGUGCAUACUAAUUUUAAGUGUCAUUGGAGAUCUAUAGGUGUCAUUUGGGUAGUACUACGUUUUUUCACUGGUGCAACUGUUGUUGAUGAGUCAUUUGAAGGACCUUGAGAGAUCAUAGUAGGGGUCUAAAUGACUUGAUGUAAAAUUGGAAUUGGUUCAAAGACGUGCAGAUUUUUGCUACCGCUUUUGUCGUUGUUGUCAUCAUCAUUUUACUGAAACGAAGAACAGUGGUGAUGUCAUAUUAACUGAGAAAUGCUGUACCAUUGGCUAACCCUCCACACUACCCCACCAUCCCUACACUACUGUCUUUCCUGCAGAUCACAGAGAGAGGAGUCUGACAUUUAUCAGCAGUCUGGUGGACUAACGAGAUGCGUUUAAUAUUGAAAUUAUACUUGGUGGAUUCCUGUUGUGUCAUAUCUAUCAUUUUAUAUUUUAAAACAGCAAUUCAAAUGAAUACUUGUUUUGACUUCCCUUUCACCACCUGUAGAGAGAAUGUACAAAUAUUUUCUAACCUUCUUUCUUUUUAUAAAUACAUAUAUAUACAGUAUAUAUAGCGUGAAAAUAUGUUUUAUAUACCUUUCACUUUGAGAAACGUGUUGACAUUGUUCUGAAAUGGUCCAGAUUGUGUUAAACCAAGAAAUUGUGGAAUCCAGGCAGUUUUUUGUAUUUAUAAAUAGUGCUUUCUAGUGCAUUAUGGAAAUGUAUAAUGAACUUGUCAUUGUUUCUUCUCAAAGUAGUCAAAAAUGGCCAAAUGGCACCAACAGCAUUGUGUUUUUACCUAUUUUUCUGCUUUUCCACAUAAAUGAGACAGUACCCUGAAGUGUGUUUGUGUGUGUGUGUGUGUGUGUGUGGGUUUGUGCUGGGAUGGGUGGAUCAGUAAGGUUUAAAUUCCAUCCUGUGACAACCAAUGAGAAAUGGUGAAUCUGCCUCCCUGAAUUCCAAGCUUGCCUCCCAGACUGAAUGGAGUAUCAUGCUAAAGAACAAUGCCGUGGAAUUUGUACUGUAUAAACUUAUGGAUUUAGGUCCUACGAAAAUGAGAUCAGCAAGGCCGUUUGACGGACCUCAAUGGACCUGCUCCAUUUCUCAUAUGAAAAAAAAGAAGAAAAA